UAAUCCAUGUUAAUUUUAUUUAAAUAUAUUCAUAUGUAAUUUUUGUUUAUAUUUAUUUUCACCUAUAUGAAAGUAUAAUGCAAAUUGUACACAUUAAAUGAUGGAUAAACAUACAUUAUGUAUCAUUCACUCCUGCAUGAUUUCAACCAAUAGGAAAAAUUAUUUCAAUGGAGAGUGGAGAGUAUGGCAUUGGAAUUAUCAAUACUUAUCAACUGCGCCCCAAUAUAGAGGGAUGAUAAAAAAUAAAGGAUUUAUAACCCCCGCUGACGAGGGGUCUAUCUUAUUAAGACCACGGUCCAUGAACGGGUUAUAACGCAAUCAUGCGAGACGUGCGGUUAUGCGAGUUACACCACGUCCGAGUCUUUUGUUGUUCACUUACACCGUGGUCAUAUUAAUUUGACUCUAUUCCAGUCCAACGCUCCUUGUUCAUCAAAAAUGUCACUGAAAAGUAGAGGUUUUACCUUGGGACCUUUGUUCCGCAGCAGUCCCAGCUAGGUGUGGCUCAGCUGAGUCACACGUGGUCAGAGUUGACGGUUGAUUGAAUACUGUUCGAGCGAUGUCAUGGCAUGUUUCGCUUGGGUGACAGUGUAUUAUCUCAGACAUAGCUAGGUCAUUCUCUAGGACUCCACGUGCAGUAAUAACGUAUACAUUCGCCGGAGCUACAAAAACUCAAUAUACCUAUAGUGACGGCAGGUGUGAAUUAAAGCAUUGCGUCUUUGACAUCGCUUUGUACAGGACCAGAAUAUAGAGGGCGAUGAAGAUCUGCAAAUUCGUAUUCUUGUUUAUUGUUGUCUCUGUGAUAGUUCUGUGGGUGCCAUAUACGGCACGCUUUCGUUUCCCAGAGACGGUGAUUGGCAGAUUUCUGGUAUCAAGUAGCACAGGUCCAAAUGAUUCUCCAGUAAGGACAGAACAGCCACAGUUUGUCUAUCUCGUCCAAGGCGCAUCAAGACACCCUAUUCCCGGUCUCAACGCCACACCGAAUAGAGAAAUCAUAUGGCUGACGUACAGAGACAAAACAGGCGACAUCUAUUUUCCAAAGAGCACACACACCGAAGGUCGUAACCGUUUGCUCCUAGAAGCAAUUGACCGUGCAUCUAAGAGAAAGGAAGGUGGCUUCUUGUACUACGUAUUUUUGGAUGAUGAUUUGUUGCUAAGUAAUGAGAAUGAUGAGAAAUGGUGGUGGCGCAAAGAUUUACCAAGCAACCCAUUUGAUCGAUUUGAACUGUUUUUACUCGAUUUCCAACCGGCAGUUGGGUUUCCAAGUUUUGGUAUUAAUAUUCACGAUGCUCCAGCCCCAGUUGGGGUGAUAUACAACUUCGAUGCUAUUUUCAACGGGUUCCAUCGCCACACAAUUUCCUUCAUGUUGCCAUACAUUACCGAUUUAGAUCACAUAUCAUGGUGGUUUGCUCAGUGGUUUGUCAUUCACAUGUCUGCGAUGUUCUAUAAUUCAAAUCGUGUCUUUUGCAACGCAGUGCACGUAAACAACUCAAGAUAUCACGGGGACAAUAAGUUGAAGGGGGCCUACACCGAUUCUGGCGAUUUCCGUGUACCGCGUGAUUAUUUACGCACAUGGAUAGACAAGAACAACAAAGUUAAAACCGCCAACGGGGAAAAUAUUAACUUGCUUCGGACCUUUAAGAGACAGGCUUUGUAUUUGAACAUUCCAGGAAAUGCCAGCAGAAAAAACAGUAUGGAAUACAGGGUUUCUACAAAGUUUAUAACCACUGCAUUCGAUAAGUCCCACCCGGGCAUUCAAAAGAUUUUGCGCUGGAGAAAUUUACCAAAAGUAAGGAAUAUCCUCUAUGGGAGUGAGAAGGAUGAACCUGACUUCUUUCCAGAUGUUUUCCCCUUGCACUAACUCAUUUCUUACCGCGUGUUCUUCGUAUUGUACAAGGAAAACAGUUAGUAGUCACAUUCACUGCUGAAC